UCCGGUUUUGCAUGUGUAUCGGCACGAGGAUGUGAUGGUGGGAUCGUGGAUGCUAGGACUAGACGUGGAGCACGUAGAUGAGCGACGGCUCUGCUGCUCCAGUGGCCAAGCUGGUGCUGUUUGUGCUGCCUCGUAACACUGCGUUUUUGGUUGGAUACCUUGGUGUUUGUUAAGUAAAGGUUUCACGAGCUCUCUGGUCGUAGGCUUAGGGUUUUAGAUGUGGAGAGGACCAUCCUCUCUCUUUUGUAGGUAUGUAGCAUCUGAAGCUGCCAGAUUUUCGGUCCAUCAAUCCGAGGGAGCUAUCCAGGAGUUUGACAAGCUGCGUGACAGUGGGGUUGCAGCAAGCACCUACAUUCUCCUUGCUUCGCUCAAAGCGUGCUCCAGCUCCAGGGAUAUACAGGCCGGGAUGAGAAUCCAUGCAUACGUGACGGAGAGUGGGGACGACCGGGAUUUGACUGUAGCCAACACGCUUGUGCAUAUGUACGCCAGGUGCGGGAAAAUGUGGGAGGCUCGAAUGGUGUUUGACAGUAUGGCGCAGCGGUCCUUGGUUUCGUGGAACGCGGUCAUGUUUGGCUACGCCGAGGCUGGAGAUGCUGGACAGCCACUAAAUUUACUUCGGCAGAUGCAGGCGGAUGGCUUCCGUCCAAACAGCCUGACUUACAUGGCGGUGCUCAAGGCGUGUGCAGCUUGUGCUGCAGAACAGGGUAAAGAGCCGCCUCAGCUCCUGCUACUUGAGACAGGAAAGGCUAUCCACAGUGAGUGCCGAGAGUGUGGGCACGAAGAAGACCCCAAGGUGGCGAGCACCCUGGUUGACAUGUACGCCAAGUGCAGGAGCAUGGUGGACGCCCGGCGGGUUUUCGACGGGAUGAAGCAUCGGUCGUUGGUGGCGUGGAACUCGCUGCUUUUUGGAUACGCGGACAGUGGACAGGGAGAACUGGCACUCCAGCUGUUCGCCCGGAUGCAAGAUGAAGGCCACACACCAGACGCAAGAAGCUACGUUGCUGCAGUCAAGGCCUGUGGCUGCUGUGCUGAGAAAGAAGAAUGGAGGCAAGUUGGUGGAAGUCUGGUGGUGAAGCUAGCGUGGCUGGACAAGGGCAUGGCUCUGCACUCCCAGGUUUCUCGUUGUGGCGACGAAGGCAACACCAUAGUCGCCAACACCCUGCUGCACAUGUAUGUAAGCUGUGGGAGCCUUGAGGACGCUAGAAAGGUUUUUGACAAGAUGCCACGGCACUCGGUUCUGUCUUGGAAUGGUGUCAUGGCUGGGUGCUGGGACAGGGGUGAUCCUCAGCAAGCGCUCGAGAUGACGGCCUCGAUGCAAGACUACGGCCUCACGCCCAAUGCUGCGACUUACGUUGCCGCAUUGAAGGCUUGCGUGAGGAUUGCGGGCAGGGAUGGCCUUAGCAAGGGGCGAGCCGUGCACGCGCAGGCCAAGGCAGCGGGGCUUGAGGCGGACAGGCGGGUCUCAAGUACGCUUGUCAAUAUGUAUGCCAAGUGCGGGAGCAUGGUUGAUGCGUGCCGGGUGUUCGACGGUAUGAUGUUCCAUGAUGUUGUGUCGUGGAAUGGGUUGAUUCUGGGAUAUGUAGAUGUGGGAGAGGCUGCCAAGGCACUCGAGUGCUAUGCGCGGAUGCAGCAGCAGGGAUCAAGGCCGGAUGCCCUCACUUUUGUUGCCGUGCUCAAAGCCUGUGCCCACCUCUCUCACCUCGAGGCUGGCAAGCGAGUUCACGAGCAUCUGUGUAGUCGGGGAGUGGAACAAGAGUUGACGGUGGCCAACUCUUUGGUUGAUUUCUAUGGCAAAGCCGGAAGCAUGCAUGAGAGCCGUCGCAUCUUCGAGUGCAUGGGAUUGCAGAGGGACGUAGUGACGUGGAACGCUUUGAUGGCGGGAUAUGCACAGCAAGGGGACGCACAGGAGGUGGUUCGCCUGUUUGAUCGGAUGCAACAGCAGCCAGAUGUGCGGCCCAACAGCAUUACGUUCUUGUGUGUGAUCAAGGCCUGCAGUCAUGCCGGGCUGGUGGACACGGGCAAACACUGCUUCGAUCUCAUGCAGCUGGGAGCCUGCCUUGUGCCUGGGAUCGAGCAUUACAGCGCCUUACUGGAUCUCUUGGCCCGUGCAAACCGACUGGACGAUGCGCUAGCUUUGCUCACAGGGAUGCCCUGCGCGCCGGAUCAGGCCAUGUGGAUGACGGUCUUGACUGCUGCUCGCAAGUGGAGUAACCUCGAGGUUGCAAGGGUAGCUUUUGAGUCGAUUGCGAGAAUGAGAGAGGAAGACUCCGCUGCAUACGUCGUUUUGGCCAACACGUAUGCGGCAGCUGGCGAUGUCCCGGAUUGAUUCAAGGAAAUGCAUUAUCGGCGUCUCAAGAGCGAAGUACGGCUUCCCGGACUACAAUUUAGUAGAACGGCAGAAUUUGGUGUGAUUUCCAGGAGGAACACUGCCACCUCUUGGCCUUCGGUUGGUUCAGAUCCAUGCCAUGGGAGGUGAAGUCGCUGUCGAAUGGUUGUGAAUGCCGUGGGUUGUGUGUGCCACUCUCCACCUCCUUAUACCAGAGCUGGCAUAGCCGUUCCUCCCAGGGGUUGGGGGGCGAGACCAUUCCCCGACUGUCGAGUACAGUCUGUGUCCGCCUUGCCAUGAGAAUUUUUCUUUGUUUCCGGCCAAGCGUCGACCCCUGUUGACUGGUCAGUUCCUUGUAUGUCUUGGAAGGCUUUUUCACUGAGAUCAUUGAGAUCCAUUGCGUCCAAACCCGCAGUCUGUGCCAUCCAUAGAUGACCAAUUUUGGAAGCUUGUCGUCAUCUGAGUGUGCGAGUAAGCACAAGAAAUACUUCUUCCAGACUUCAAGCUGCACUGGCAGGAUGUCUGUAUAAUCCCGAGAGAUACUUUCGGGCGAAUUCCGUGAGAAUAACUUGGCUCCAGAAGUCCUUGGUCAGACCUGCCCAGUUCAUGUAGAUCGCGAGGAGGAGAUACGUGGCGAUGGCGGGAGCUUGGACGAUCCGUCACCAGCGUCGCCACGCUUGGUAGCAGCGCCGUCACCACCUCAGGUGUGGAGGUAGGCUCCCAGGCCCGGCUGGUUGGCAGCCUUGGACCUCACGGCCUCGCCCGAGAGGUGGUGGUGCCUCAAUUGCAUCAAUAUACAGACCACCAAUGGUGUUGGUGAUUGAGUCUUGACCAGCGCAGUCAGUCGUAUAUAUCUUGGGUGUCCCCUGUGCUUUCAGUAAAGAUUUCUUGAUGUA